GGCUGGGUCUCUUCCGGUGUGGACGCUCGCUCGGCCCCGCCGCAUCCGUUUGCUCUGCGUCUGGCUGGUGCCGGGCCAUCACGGGAGGACUCGGGCGCCGCAGACGCCGGGCCACAAUGGAACCGUUGACCUUCAAGGAUGUGGCCAUCGAUUUUUCUGGAGAGGAAUGGGAAUGCCUGAACUCCGAACAGCAGACUCUGUAUAAGGACGUGAUGCUGGAAAACUAUCGGAACCUGGUCUUCUUGGGUCUUGCUGUGUCUAAGCCAUACCUGGUUACCUGUCUGGAGCAAAGGAAAGAGCCCUGGAAUAUAAAGAGGCAAAAGACCAUGCUCUUGUUCCCAGGUGUGUUUCCUCAUUAUAACCCACACUUUUCACCAGAGCAGAACAUAAAGUAUUCAUUCCAGGAACUGAUCAAUGGAAGCCAUAGAAACGGUGACAUUGACAAUUUGUGCUCCAGAGAAGAAAGGGACCGUCUAGAGGGGCAUGCAGUUCCGAAGACGUAUUAUAAUGGGUAUAACCCGUGUGUAAUAACUGAUGGUGGGAGAAGCUUUGCUCCCAGUAGGCAGCAAGAACCUGAAAUGGCUCAAGAAAACCCUCAGGCUCUGCCUGUUACUUGUGAACAGCCGUGUGCUUCCGUCAGUAACCAUCAGAGUCAGUGUUUGAACUGUAUCCCUCCUUUCAAAGAUGGUUUGGGACGGACAGAGAGGGGUCUAGCCCAUUCUUCAGUUACUGACUUCAGCAGUUUCAAGUGUAGCUUUGGGUUAAGCUUUCAUUCAAACCUUUUUGUAGAUGGGGAACUUAAAAAUGAAGAAAAAAAUUCUAAAUGUAAUCAAUUUGAGAACUCCAUGAUGAAAAAUUCCUUAAUAUAUAAUCCACAAAUAGGUCUUUCAUGUGUCAAAACGCAGAAUUUCCAUAAAUACGGCGGAUUCUUUACACAUCCAGUAUCACCUAAUCAAAAUUCAAGUACAGAUAUUUUAGAAAUCCAGUAUAUAUGUAAAGAAAAUAGGAAGGCCUUUACUGAGGCGUCUGCCUUAAAUAAUCACCAGGGCGCGUUUAUUGGAGAGGCGGUGUAUCAGUGCAAUGAAGAUGGCAGUGACGUAAGCCAUGAGGCAGAUCCUGCGGAUCAGCAGUCUGCUCAUUUCCCAAAGGACUCUUACAAAUGCUACAGAUGCGACACCGUCUUUCAUCAAUACUCAGAACUCAUCAUCCACCAGUAUAUCCAUAUUCAAGACCAGAUUUCCAAGGGGAUGGAUUGCAACACAGCUUUCAGUAAAAGUUCCAGCCUUCCGAGAAGUCAUUCCGGAGAAAAACCCUACAAAUGUAAGGAAUGCGGCAAAGCCUUUACCUAUUGUUCCAGCCUCAGACAGCAUCAUAGGAUUCAUUCUGGUGUCAAACAUCACAAAUGUAAAGAAUGUGGCAAAGCUUUCUACCACAAGUCACUGCUUACGCAACACCAGAGCAUCCAUGCCGGGAAGAAGCCCUACUGCUGUAAAUUUUGUGGCAAAGCAUUUAAUCAGAGAUCAACUGUUACUCAGCACCAGAGGAUUCAUACUGGAGAGAGGCCCUACCAUUGUAAAGACUGUGGCAAAGCGUUUCACCAAAGGUCAAGCCUGAGCCUACACCAGAGAGUUCACACUGGAGAGAAGCCCUACAAAUGCAAAGAAUGCGGCAAAGCCUUCAACCGUAAUUCUCUCCUUACUCAGCACCAGAGGAUUCAUACUGGCGAGAAGCCCUACCAUUGCAAAGAUUGUGGCAAAGCUUUUAAUAAAAAAUCAAGCCUUACUCAACACCAGAGAAUUCAUACUGGAGAGAAACCCUAUUCUUGUAAAGACUGUGGCAAAGCUUUUAAUCAACGAUCAAGCCUCAGCCUGCACCAGAGAGGUCACACUGGCGAGAAACCCAAUAAAUGUAACGAAUGUGGCAAAGCCUUUAACCGUGUGUUUUUCCUCACUCAACACCAGAAAAUCCAUACUGGCGAGAAGGCUUACCACUGUAAGGACUGUGGCAAAGCUUUUAAACAGCGCUCGAGCCUCACCCAGCACCAGAGAGUUCAUACGGGGGACAAGCCCUACCAUUGUAAGCACUGUGGGAAGGCUUUUACUCAGAGGUCAAGCUUUACUCGGCACCAGAGAAUCCACACCGGAGAGAAGCCCUACAAGUGCCAAGAUUGUGACAAAGCCUUCAGCCGCAACCUCCUUCUGAUCCAACACCAGAGAAUUCACACAGGAGAGAAACCGUACCACUGCCAAGACUGUGGCAGAGCGUUUAAUCAAAGAUCGAGCCUAACGCAGCACCAGAGGGUUCAUACUGGGGACAAGCCCUUCUGUUGUAAAGACUGUGGCAAGGCGUUCACCCAGAGGUCAAGCUUUAACCGGCACCAAAGAAUCCACAGCGGAGAGAAGCCCUACAAGUGUAAAGCGUGCGAGAGCACCUUCAGCUGCAGCUCGCGCCUCGCUGAGCACCAGUGCGCUUCCUUAGGCCGCUGCUUCCAAGACACAAAGUUUCUCCAAUAUAUGUGAGUUUACUGUUCUGUUACCGCCAGCUCGCAGACUGUAGGAUUCAUUGUUAAACAUGUGAUGUGUUUUAUAUAAAAGAUACUUCUUUCUGUUGUUGCAAUACCUUACUGGAUUCCCAGAAUAUCACAUUCUGGUUUAAUUGAGUAAUAGUUUUCUUUCUUGUCAUUUUGUCAACUGGUUCUGUGUUAAUUUCAUUCUCAGAUGUAUUUCCCAUAAUCUAAACAUAAAACAUAUGCUGUUACACGGAGAAACCCUGUCUGGAAAAAAACAAAAAAAAAAUACAUUGUCCAAUGUAUACAUGAAACUGUCCACCAGACUUCACACUAGAGUAGUUUUUGGCGGGCGCAAUUCAGAGUCUUCCUGUGACUUACAGUCCCAUCUCUAAACUGUGUAGCAUGGAGCUUGGCUGUCUCCUCCAGUUGUGUUGAUCAUCUCUUCUACAGCAGUUAAGAUGAUAUUAUCCAGUAUAUAGCUGCUGCAUGCUGGAUCCACACUUGUAUAAAGUAGAAUUACACUAGGGAAGGGCUGUUGUGUGACAGCAUGCGUGUGAGGGUCAGCGGGUAGGGUCAGAGGGCUGUUGUGUGACGGCAUGCGUGUGAGGGUCAGCGGGUUGCACUCAGUCCUCUAUCAUUUUGAUUUUGGGAAUGGAACUCAGCUCAGCUCGUCAGGCUUGUCUGCAAACUCCUUUAACUGAGUCAUCUCUUCCGUGGUGGGACUUUAGGGUCUAGGGUUUCUCUGGCUUGACUAGAACCGCCUCUAUGGCGCGGAUCCCUGCUGUCGUCCACCCUGCCAUAUGAGAAAGGCAGGCCACCUACAGUUUCAGCACAGGGCUUAUCAUCCCCCUGCGACUUGAAGACGUGACCAUACUUAAAAAUGAGGACGUUCAGAAAAUGUAGGGGAACAUUUUUAUGCUGAGAUUUCAAAACCGAUCCAUAGAGCUAAUGGCCUUUUGGGGUAGUCUUUCGUGUUCUCCAGAUCAUGUCUAGUUAGGUGUCGCUGCUAGAAGGCUGUGUGUCAGCGUCCUGGUGAUGAGUACGGAAUCUGUAAGGGCACGGGAAUAGUGGCAGCACACUGGAUCUGAUACAUUAUCAGGAGGGAGAAGAGCUGAGAGGAGUGAAACUUAGACACCACCUAGCCCAGAGCUGUAAACAACUUACUCAACUAUAGACUGCGAGUGUUGUUUGCCUCGGCCGACGGAGGACCAGUCCUGUCACAUUGUGGAAGGUUUCUACUGGGGCUUUUUCAUUCUCUGUGUUGGCCCAGAGUCCAUGGUCACUGCGAACUGUCUCACUGCACCUAGGACCUGCCAGAUUUUUAGGGCUUCGGGUUGCACAUUGGUUCAGGCUAACAAUAGUCAGAAAGGAGUGAAUGAUUCAGAAUUCCUUCACAGAAGCAUUUUUGGUUCUGUGGAGGAAUCAUUCCAGUGUUCUGGUACUCAAAGGAGGAAACCUGUGUGCACCUGCAGGCAAAAUAUACUCAACAAAUAAAUUUCUUUCCAUGGGUCUUCUUUCCAAGACAACAGCAAGAACAAACACAAAACUGCCAUGGCUGGAAACUUCUAGAAAACGUCAGUGUAAAAUAAGUGGACAAAUAAUUGAACUUAUGAGUUGAUUAGCAUGAAGAAGGGAAGGAAUGAUUGACAGAUUUGAAUUUGUUUGGAAAAGAUUGAUUUAUUGUAUUAUACAUUCUGAUGCACUUCUACAAGGGCAUUUUCUAGAAGGGUUCUUGUUUCUAUUUGUGUUGCUUUUUCCUUGUUGGAGGAUUUAGACGCUAAUAGAAUUAUCUUAGAGAAAUUUAAAGAGUUAUGUUAACUCGGCUUUUGUUUUAUAUUAUGAAGUGAUAAAGUAAUUGUAGUUUUCUUUUUGUUGCUGUGAUAGAUAACUAUAACCAAAAGCAGCGUGGGGAGGAAAUGGUUGGUUUUAGCUUCCUUUUGCAUGUAGCAGUCUAUCAUAGAGAAGUCAGGAUGGGAGCUAAAGCAGGAGCAGGGGAUGGAACCGUGGAAGAGAAGCUCACUGGCUUGCUCCGCCUGGCUCCUGCUCAGCCAGCUUCUCUAAACAUCCCAGGACUAUCUGCCCUUGGGUGGCACUGUACACAAUAAGCUAGGUUCUCCUACAUCAGUCAGCAAUCAUAACCAUUCCAGACACGGUUAGAGCACUGUGAUCUGGGCCGUUCCUCAGCUCCUCGGCCGAGACUCCCACUUUCCACAUGACUUUGGUGUGGCAGGUUGAGAAUAAGAACAAACAAGGACGGUACAGUGUAAGGUGGUGUUUAGGGAGGGCAACAGAGUAGCUACGGUAGCAAUACAGUAACCAGGAGCCUGCAUCCUACUUAGGGUUCCACAGAGAUGCUCAGAAGAGGCCCGCUCAAGGCGAGACCAACCAGCAGUCUCCCCUCAAAAGAAGAAACAAGAAGUCAGUACAUUUGGUGGAUACACUGGCCUCAGA